AUGAAGAUUUUUCUAUUUCUUGCUUGCCUUCAUUUGCUUUGUUUUUCUUUGAUCAAUGCUGACUUUUGCGAAACAGACGACUGUCGUCGUGGUGAUUGUGAAUUAGUACGGCAACCUACAGGUUUAAUAAAGAAAAAUUGUCAUUGUGCAAAAGGUGUUUGUGGUGAGACAUGCCAACGUUUGUGUAAUACUACAUCCGCAUGUGAUGCGAAUCCAUGUUGGUUUGGUGGUAUUUGUGUUGACGUUGCCAAUUUCGAUCAUGUUUGUCUCUGUCCACCGAAUCAUUCUGGUAAAGACUGCCGAGUUUUACUUUCGUGCCAAGCCAACAGUUGUUGGAACGGUGGUAUCUGUAUCGAAACUGGUCUGUGGAAGGAAACGUGUCCUGUUAAACAUGAACAUAUGCCCGUUUCUCUUUUAGCGUAUGGUGCACGUUGUAACUGCUCGGGUGGCUAUUCGGGUGAAUAUUGUCAAUAUAAAACGGCUAAAUCAACAUCAGCACCAAAACGAAAUGGAACAUUACCACGUGUUGAAUAUAAGCAAUUUGACGCGGAAACAUUAGCAGUCAUUGCGACUUUAGGAAAUGCAGCUAAUGAUGAACCAGCACAGCGAACUGGUGAUUUGAGUGAAAAUGUAGUUGUUGCGUCGGGUAACCAUUCGCAAUUUGUUUUCUGCUUAACUAAUCCAUGUGAAAAUGGUGGAACUUGUUUUGUUACAAACACCGCAACAACCAAAGGCAUUUGCGUUUGCCGUGAUGGUUAUGUGGGAGAUUAUUGUGAAGUGUUGUUUAAUACGACAUCUCCGACAUUUCGAUUUCCAACCGGUUAUUGUUCAUCGAGUCCAUGCUUGAAUGAUGGCUCUUGCGUUGAAGUCGGAGAGCUUCAAGGUUACUGUCGAUGCACAGCUGAAUAUCGAGGUCUCUACUGUGAAAUAUCGGUUCGAGCUGUGAGCUGUAAUCCAAAUCCUUGUAAAAAUGGUGGAACGUGUGUUCUGUUGGAAAAUAAUCAAGCACAAUGUCUAUGCACGCCAGUAUUUCGUGGUUUAACUUGUAAUCAAUUUAGUUACGUGCCUUGCGGCGACGCCACAUGUCACGGAACACAAGGCGUUUGUGUAGCUAAUAAGUGUAUCUGCAAAACAGGUUUUGCUGGGCCAAGAUGUGACUCAACAGACUUUUGUUCAGCAUUUCCGUGCUUGAACGGAGGUACUUGUAUUCGAACAAAUGAAGAACCCUACGGCGGUUGCAGUUGUCCACCGGAAUUUUCCGGACCUACGUGUAGUAACGAUCCAUGCACCCCAUCGCCAUGCUUGAACGGCGGUUAUUGUAUACGAAAACCAGAUAAUCAAUUUUACUGUCAAUGUCGAAAUAAGAAUAAAGGCGUUUAUUGUGAACAGGUGGAAUGUUUUCCAUCGGAUGCAACUGUCGACGUUCUGAACAAUGGCAAAGUUGCCUUGUCAUCUUUACAAGUCGGCACACAAGUUCGUGUGAUCAACAAUCAAGGUCAAAUCAGUUAUUCACCGAUUAUUGCUUUUCUUCACCGUGAUGUCAAUGAACAUGCGCUGUACAAACAUAUUCGUACGAAGACAUCGUUCAUCGAAUUGUCACGACGUCAUCUCAUUCAUCGUCGUAAAGACGGUUUCGUUUGGGCAGAGAAAUUAGCCGUAGGUGAUGAAAUUCUCGUUUCCACAUCUUCACAUACAAACGAAACUCAAUGGGAGGUGAUUAAUGAAAUCAAUGAUGUCGUCAAACAAGGUCUUAUGGCUCCGUUAACUGAACAAGGUACAAUCAUUGUGAAUAAUGUUCAUGCAUCUUGUUAUGCACUGGUCAAAUCACAUCAAGUCGCCCAUUUUGCAUUGGCACCCUACCGACUCUACCAUCGAUUGUUUGGUUCUCUCUUACAAAGGCAUCCAAUGACGACGCCUAUUCUUUCUUAUGCAAAUGUUCUCCUACAUUUCUUCAAGAACUUACCUGUUGCAAAAGACCUGAUAUUCUAA